AUGACACUUGACCUGUCUUUGCCAUCUCGAGCGCCCGAGCUUGGCCGAUACGGCGACUAUAGUUGGGACGACGCAGCAUUCGCAGUCUACGCACUUCUUGGUGACAAGGUGCCACUCGAGAAUGUUGUUCAAGUGCUAGAGAAGCAGUGGCUAGAACAAGGUAACGAAAGCCAUCUCGUGCGGCCCGCGCCAUCCAUCACAUCAUUCAAGACGCUUCAAGAGAUCGUUCAGGCGCACAUCGCUCUAGACAAGGGCAUUUGCACUCGCAGCGACGGGGGUGCGGCGGGCGAUUUGGAGUGGUGGCCGACAGCCUUCAUCGUAGUAGUCCAUGAGCAAUGGAUGAGCAAGCCCAAUGGGCUAUUAUUGGUCUACGUGGACGACGGAAAGAAUUGCGAGAUGGAUAAAUUCUUUUUCCAGACCAAGGACGCGUACAUGAUGCUUUCCAGUCUGAGCUUUGGGGAUGAAGAUCUAGCUAGGAGUAAAGCGAUCUACCAAGAGGAACUCCAAACUUGA